AGUUCAGGUGGAAGAGGAGGGACGAACCGACGGUGGAAAGAAGGUAGAGAAGUCGAUUAAUUCCUCACAGAAGGCGCUCGUUCCAGCGGAAAAAGUCACUUUCCCGCAGGACACGAAGGUCGGUAAGCGUUGCUUCGUGAGCCAUGCAGAGUGGACUGGCUCUUACAUCGUGACCACCUUCAAGCUCUGAGGAGGGACAAACAGAGACAGGAGGAUGGCAGAGAAGGAUGGCAGGGCAGAGCUGUCCAUUGCCCCUGGGCAGCUGUACAUCGAGGUGGAGUAUGAUUAUGAGUACAAGUUCAAGGACAAGUUAGUGACCAUCCGGCAGGGAGAGUGCUACAUGUUGGUGAGGAAGGCCAAUGAAGACUGGUGGCAGGUGCGAAAGGAUGAGAAUACCAAGCCAUUCUACGUUCCGGCACAAUAUGUUCGAGAGGUGCGGAAGGCCCUCAUGCCACCUCCCAAGCCACUUUCCAAGCCCAAGGUUCCUAUACCGGAGGUCCACAGGUCCAGCGAGAACCUCAGCAAGCAACCAGAGACUCCCGCUCCCUUGCGCCCUAUGCUGAUCCUGUCUAGGGAUAGGGAUGUCAAUCAGAACCUGGGUGCCUCAGGACAUGGAAAGUGCACUACAGACCCCUCUCAGAACAACGUCAAGAGUGCCUCUCUACCUCGCCAGCGAGCAGAGUCCCCAUCCCACAGGGUUCCUGAGCAUGGUGGCAGAUCUCCGCAGAUUGGACGUAGGGCCCCCCUGGAUCUGGACUUGGACAGGCAGGGCCCCUACACGGAAUUGUUUGGGGAAGGAUCAGAGAAGCUAUACAACGACUCUGAGUCAGGGGAUGAGCUGAGCAGCAGUUCCACAGAGCCUGUGCAGACUUCCUCCCCCGCUGGCCUUGGCAGACCCGAUUCUCCAGUCUACACCAACCUCCAGGAACUGAAACUGUCCCAGGGCAGCCUGCCACCCCAACCCUCUAGCUCACCCCUGCAUUCGGUGGGAGACUGGGAGACACACAAGGAUGCCAGCGGCCGCAAUUUCUACUAUAAUCGCACAACACAUGAGCGCACCUGGAAGCCACCCCGCAGCCGGGAGCCCAGCAUGCGGGGAGAGUCGCAUGGCUCAGGGGAGCAUGAGGCUCUGUGGCCAGAGGGCACCUGCUGCAGCACGCAUUCCAGCCAGUCGGACAGCCAGUACGGCUCCCUGCGUGGCUGGUCUGAGGAGCUGGAUGAGCAUGGACACACGCUGUAUGUCAGCGACCGCACUAAUGAGAAGUGGAUUAAACACAUGGACGAUCACGGCCGCCCAUACUACUACAGUGCUGAUGGCUCCAGAUCCGAAUGGGAGCUACCUAAAUACGACAUGACCCCGCCUCCACAUGCAGAGGUGCACAAGAGCAAAAGCCUGGAUCGCAAGCAGCUGGAACCCAUUGUGCUAAACAGGUGGAGACACAGCACCUGUGUACUGGAAGCUAAUGACAAGGAGUCCCCAACGAGCCUAAAGUCCUUUCCCGACACUGACUCCAGUCCUUCAUCUCCCAGGGCCCCCCCAUCCCCAUCAGAGAAGUGUGGUGUUUUGAAUGUGACCAAAAUAACUGAGCAUGGGAAGAAAGUGCGAAAGAACUGGACCUCCUCCUGGACGGUGCUGCAAGGCUCCUCACUUCUCUUUGCCAAAGGUCAGGGAGGUGGCACUGGCUGGUUUGGGGGAAACCAGUCCAAACCAGAGUUUACAGUGGAUCUCAGAGGGGCUACUGUGGAAUGGGCCUCCAAGGACAAGUCCAGCAAGAAGCAUGUGAUUGAGCUAAAGACCAGGCAAGGCACAGAGCUGCUGAUCCAGCAAGAGAGCGACAACGUCAUCAGUGACUGGUACAAGGCCCUCACAGAAGCUGUGUGCUCCCACGCAUCCGAGUCAGAUGAGGCUAUCGAGGAAGACCUGCCUGAGACCCCGAUGGCAGAAAAGCAGGACAAGGAGAAAGAGAAGGAACUUCGGGACUCCAGAAAGGGGCGAGGGAUAAAGACUUCCACCAGCAUGGACUUGUCAGACCAGAAGAAGACAAAGGUGAAGUUGAGGAAGUUCCUCACCCGCCGGCCGACACUGCAGUCAGUCAGAGACAAAGGCUAUAUCAAAGACCAGGUUUUCGGUUCCAGUCUUACUAGCCUUUGUCAGAGGGAGAACACAUCUGUGCCAAAAUUUGUCAAGAUAUGCAUUGAGCACGUGGAAAAGAACGGCUUGGAUGUGGAUGGACUAUAUCGGGUCAGUGGGAACCUAGCGGUCAUCCAAAAGCUGCGUUUUGCUGUCAAUCACGAUGAGAAGGUAGACCUGGAGAACAGCAAAUGGGAGGACAUGCAUGUCACAACUGGCGCACUGAAGAUGUUCUUCAGGGAGCUGCCUGAGCCACUGUUCACCUAUGGACUCUUCAAUGACUUUGUGAAUGCCAUCAAAUCUCCAGAUUUUAGGCAGAGAGUGCAUUCAAUUAAAGAUUUAAUAAAGCAGCUGCCGAAGCCUAACCAGGACACCAUGCAGGCUCUCUUCAGGCACCUCAGGAAAGUGAUUGAGCACGGAGAGGCCAACCGCAUGAACACCCAGAGCGUGGCCAUCGUGUUUGGACCCACCCUACUGAGACCCGAGAUGGAGACGGGCAAUAUCGCUGUGCACAUGGUCUACCAGAAUCAGAUUGUGGAGCUCAUCUUACUGGAGUUUGAGAACAUUUUUGGCAGGUAGGGCUGCUGUGCUUCACCUUGGCCACCUGUAACUCGCCACAUGCCGAAUUUUCUCUCCUAAAUGACGGGCACGCCUACAUAUUGAGUUGUACUCUUUCGGAGCUCUCUACACUUAGUUUUUCCUUGUCAUACGGUGAGCAGCAAUUUCUUCAGCAGCCUUUAAUGUGCUGUUGGGUGGAAGACUUGACAGUGAAAACAGGCAGAACACACUGGAUACAGAGGACUGGCGGCAGUUUGGACAUUUGGUCGACUUGUUUACUGGGGAACAUAGCCUAGUGGAUAUACUGUAGUUUCUGGCUGGAUAUCUCUGGUAGCUCCAGAAGAACAGAGCUCUGGUGUGUAGGACAUCUGCCCGACAGAACUCUGGAAGGACUCCACACCAAGCAGACAAAACCCAGCUUGACAGGGUGUAAUGGGGGAAAGAAAUGGGUGCAGUGCUGUGAACAUGAUGGGUAAUGUCUCCUGUGUACAAAGUGUAUUGUUGCCCUCUGCUGUUCAGUGUUAGUAUUGAAACUAGGGUCUGCUGCUGGGAACUAGUCCUUGGAAGCCCAUAUGGAUAUGGGACUGGUGGGGGAAGAACAUAACCCACCAAACGGAAAGGAGUCACCCCACUCCCCCGCACAAACUGUACAGAACGUAACUGUAUAGCCCUUCCAAUCUCCAUUCCAGCCUUUUCCUGAAAACCACUCGUAUUGUGGACAAACCCAACUGUGAUGCAUGGUCCUGCAAUCUAUCCCCCAGUCUGUGAGCUCUUUUGAGACAAUCAAUGAACUCUCCUGAAACAAACCUCUCUCUGGGCAAGUUCAAAUUCUUCUGGAAAGUUAGAAUAUUUACAGCUGUGCAUUUAUUUACAUAAUGUUUCAUGGGACAUAUUUGUGUAUCAAAAGAACUAUACUGGAAAUGUGUGCUCCAGUGCAUAUGAUACCAGUGGCAUUGUUGUUUAAUCUCUUUUUGAUUAUUCAGGAACUGGGAGAGAAAUGUUAAGCAGUGGUAUGGUAGAAUAAUUGUGAAGAUAUUGGAGAAACACGGAUUGUGAUUUUGCUAUUGUAUUGUUUAACUCUUCAUUGUUAUGGUUUGCCGGAACUGGUGUUCACAGCAUAGCUGUCUAACCUGAGAAAAAUAAAACUGUUAAUUUUUGGUAAUUUCCUAUUGUGGUGAUUGUAAUUAUGGCACAAUUAGUCAAUUUUUUUCAAAGUAAAAGUAUUGCUCAAGGGAGCUGUAAAGCCUGUAAGAAGUUGUCUGGUCGUCAGGAGCAUCUUUGUCAAAAUUCAUUUUGAAGUGCAGUUUCUAUGAAAUACCAAUUUUUUUUGCCUCAGUGGUAUACAGACACCACUGGGACUGGAAGUCUAUCUGUAAGUUUGUUUUUUGGUUACUUCUACCACCCAAAUCUCAAUCAAUAAAUGGUUUAUUAUACAGAUUUUUUUUUAUAUAUAUAUACUUGAUUUCCCCCCCCCCCUU